AUGAAUAUACGACGAAUAUUUGGCUGUUUGUGUUUUUGUGGUAUUUUUGGGAUGAUAAUAUAUCACAAUUUUGGUCCAAAUGUUUUUAAGGACUUCACUGCCACUGGUGGACCAAGUGUGGCUGUCAACGGUGUCGUUGCUUUAACUGGUUUCUUAUCGAUAAGUCAACAUCAAUUAAACUCAAAAACAAGCCACAUUGAAAAUCUACAUAUUAUACAAGACAAUUUAUCAUCUAGAAAUCCCAAGAGAGUUGUUAUUAACUCAGAAACGAAAGUGAACGAGCGUUUAAAUCGUACAGUACUUAACUCGUGGGAAGAAUUAGAGCUAUACACGCUGCCAAAGCCUUCGCCUGAUAAAGUACGACGAAAGUUUAGAAACGAAGAUGAAUUAGACCAGAAAUAUUUAAGAAAUGAUGAACGAAGCAUUGAACGAAUUGUGGACGGAUUAGCUACGGGUUCUGAUGAAAAUUUGCCCAAGAUUUUUGAGAAGAAAGGAACGCCAAUGAAGCGUUUUCCAAAUCUCAUAAUUAUCGGUGUUAAGAAAGGUGGAACGAGAGCACUACUAGAAAUGAUUAAACUGCAUCCACAAGUCUGUAGUAGUGGCCCUGAAAUUCACUAUUUUGAUCGAUAUUACAACAAAGGAAUAGAAUGGUAUCGAGAGAGAAUGCCAUUGUGUUACGAGAAUGAACUUAUAAUGGAAAAAACUCCAAGUUACUUUGUAACAAGUGGUGUGACAGAAGAUAUAUUUCAAUACUCUACGGAGCGUUUGAACAGAACGCUAAAAUUACUUGUCAUUGUUCGCGAUCCGACUAGACGAGCUAUUUCAGAUUUUACACAAACACAAGGAAACGAAAUAGGUGUUUUUAAACGAACUUUUGAAGAGUUAGCCUUGAAACAAAGUAUCGAUGGAGAACCGUACGUAAAUUCUCAAUGGGGAGCAAUAAAAAUUGGCGUUUAUUCCAAACACUUGAAAAGAUGGCAGAGAUAUUUUAAGCCUCACGAGAUACAUGUAGUGAGUGGUGAACAUCUCAUUAAGCAACCGUAUGACGAGAUAAAAAGAGUGGAGAAAUUUUUAAAUCUUCCUUCUUUCAUUAAACGGGAACAUUUUGUGUAUAACAAAACAAAGGGAUUCUACUGUUUUGACAAACAAAUUAGUCAGCCCAACACGAAUGUAAAUGAGACUGAUUUAAGGUGUCUAGGUAGCUCGAAAGGACGAGCGCAUGUCUUUGUCUCCACCAAGACUGAAACGUUGCUUCGAGAUUAUUUUAGGCCAUUUAAUGAAGAAUUGUACCAGUUAAUUGGACGAAAUUUUGGUUGGCCAUAA